ACCACACACAAAAAAUCAACUCAUAAUGAAUUAAAGACCUGAGACUAAAACUCCAAAGAAAGCAACAGAGCAGAAAACCUUUGUGACACCGAUCUUGGCAGUGAUUUCUUAGCUAUGACCACGAAAACAAAAAUAAACAAGUAGAACAACAUCAAGCUAAAAAGCUUCUGCACAGCCAAGGAAGCCGUGGAUAGAGUGAAAAGGCAAUCUAUGGAAUGGGAGGAAAUAUUUACAAACCAUGUAUCGGACAGGGGUUAAAUUCUUUGGGAGGUUUUUAAGCAAAAACAGUUCACCACUAAAGAGUACCGCUUCCCUAGGAUGACAGUCUUCUUUAUUAAUUUUUUAGUAUAAAUUGUACAUACUGUAAUAUGACAUGGCAACAUUUCACUUAGUAUAGUAUUUUGAACUAGAAAAAUUUUAGUAUAAACAGAAACAUGAGAAAACCAAAACUGCACUUCCUAGAUGAGAGAAUUGUGAGUGACCGGAAAGUAUGGUUACAUAACUUUUGACGACGAAAAACCAUACCCACUGUAUUUUCCCCUUUUUUAAUUUAACAAACAUUUACUGAGCUCUUUUUCUGUGUGCCAGGUAUUGUUGAGGGCCUGGCAUCACAAAAAAAGAGAAAGAGUGUCCCUGAAUCAGCCGCUGGGCUCCUCGACUGGGCACCAGCACAGUGUGCUAAAAUGCAUCCGGAGUGCCAAGUAUCAAAGGAGAGUGCAAGUGUCAGACCCACAGUGUCCCUGCCAAUGACUGUAACCUGAGAUUUUACUGAACGGGAUUACUAUGGUCAGUGAGCGAUCGCUUCCUUGACUUUUUGUGAUUUACUUAACCAGAUUUGUCAUGGGAAAUUCUCUCCUCUCAGGUCUCUGAAGACCAGGUUACGUAUCUGGGAAAAAGAGUCAGGGAGAGAGGGAGAGAGAGGAAUCCAUGGCCCCUGCAGAUCGGUUAUGUUCUUUGCAUCUAUUUUUAGAGACAGUGUAUCAAGACACCGUUUUCAGUGUUCAACAGGUGUUAACACAUAUAAUUCUCCUAACCACCACGUGGAAUGGGUAUUAUUAUCCUCAAUUUACAGAGAAAGAACUCAGGGCAUGGAGCAAUUGUGAUCUGCCCUGGAGUCACGAAGCUAGGAAGCAAUGGGAGGUUCGAAGUGGACAAUCUUUAAUUUUCUCUUUAAUUCAAAGUGCGACACCAGCCCUCCGCACUUUAGUGUUGGUAUUGUUACAGGACUAGCCGUGUUCUUCCUGGGCAUCUGCUAGAGAGGGUGCAAGUGACUUGCUAUGCUACCAAGAUUAACAUUGACUUUCGUACAAAUUUUCUACCCGAGUUUAUAGCACUUUCCUUCCUUUUCCCCCCACCACGUCCUCAUGCCAGCUUAACUCACUGAGGUGGCUAAAUAUUAACUUGUAGGUCAGCAUAACCAUGCGUCACAGGCCAGAGUCUAAACAACAGGGGACUUCAGGGCUCUUCCCGUGCCUUCUCACAGAGGAAGACAGAAAUGCAGCCUCACGUGUCUCUCUGCAGGCCGGUGGACGGGUGUGCCGCCUUCUCUCGGAAGAGAAGUUAAACUUCUAGAGAGACCUAAUGGACAGUCUCCACAACAGAUGGUAACAGAAAAUAAUCCAGAUGGGGUGCAGGUGCUGUAAAAUGAUACACAGCUAUCUCUUCGACCCAGUGCAAGUGCCCUCACCUGGCUACGUCAACGAAGUGAACAGCUGCAAGUUCGAUGAAGAGGACACGGUUAAAUUAAAAGGCAAGCAGAGCGGCGAAGUCCAGGUGCACAACCAUGACCUUCAGGAUGAGAGCUUGAGGAGGACUGUGAGCAGAGGCAGAACAGCUGGCCCACAGGAGCCCUGCUGGGCUCCCCAGGGACCGCACCCUCAAGGGGACAGAGGAGGGGGACACUGUGCAGAGAAGACUGGUGGGGCCGUCAAUGGCAUCGGGCCCACUGCAGUCCUGCAGCCCCCUGGGGAUCCCAGGCCCCAGCAGGGUGGCACAGUUUCCUGGGCCGGUACGGGGACCCGUGUGCACCUGACUCCACCCUUCCUCGAGGGAGGGGACGCCAGGGAAACAGACUGGGCGCUGCAGUCCUCGGAAGAGACCCGAGUCAUCGGACGUGGAGACUCCAGGGUCCCUUCCAAGGCAGAAUGCCCUGCCGUGGGAGUGCAAGACCACGUCCUCCAGAUACCAGCCCCAGACUACCCCCGAUGUUGGGGCUUAGCUGGAGGCACCGUGGAUCACGAGGAAAAAGAUCACCUUUUCAGGAGCCAUCCUGAGGAGCCGCCCCUGGAGGAAAUGCGCUCUGACGUGGUAGGGCGGGGUUUGAACGUGCCCUUCUCCGUGAAGAGAAGCUGGGAUUCACUAAACGAGGCUGUGGCGGCAGAAGCCCUGAGCGUCUACUUUAAAGAAGAGGAUCCUGCCCAGGCCGUGCCUGUGGCCCAUCCGACCAAUGGGUGGGAGGAUGCCCCCGGCUGUGGGGCAGAUGGGAUUGGGGGGACAGAGGACGAGGACGCUGCAGUGGCGGAAGCCCUGGCAGCUCUAGAAGCAGCUACUGCAGGAGAAGACUUGGACGAGGCGAAUUAGGGUAGGGGCUUUGCGCCAUGCAAACAAGCUAGGGUCGUGAGGGGAUGAGGGGCAUCUGGGGACAUGAUUGCUCCACAGACACCCAGCUGUAUCCCUGCCCGCAGCGAGUGGUGCAGCCUCACCCAUUGUUUACAGCCAGCAUCUGUUCUGAUGAUUUGAGUUCCCGUGCCACGUUCCGAUCGAGAGCAUCCCUGCGCAGAUGGCCCAUCACUCAGGACACUGGAACAAAAGUCAGAGUGGGCCAGGGUGCCCGGGUCUAGAAACAGCCUGCCCACCGCUCCCCACAGCUCCCCACAGCAUCUGGUGCAGAUGCUCUGAGAUCCCGGCACUUCAGCCCAGGAGCACGGACUCACGGGACAUUCUCCUCGUUAAUUCUUUAUCUUGCUUUCAAGAGCCAAACAUUGGACCCUGCCUGGAGGGGGUAACUUCCCCACUAUAAGUGCCUGUUGUGUCCCCGCGCCAGAGCACGGCCCACGUUCAGGCACAGUCACCCAGGGAAGUAAUCACUAACCAGUUGUCUGACAGCCAGUGAAGCUCAGCAGCACUCAGGGUGGCGCGGAAGCCACGAGUAAACAAAUGGUUAGUCAUUAGCUGUGCCAUUACGACACCUUGACCUUAACUUUUUUACAUUAUUAGUUUUUAAUCUCCUUUGGGAUUGGGGAGGCCAGUCAAAAUAAUUCUUGAAACUGUGUCAUGUUUGUGUUUGAAGUUGAUGAAAUUUGGAACAGUGAAGGGACAUAUAGAGUGUUUUAUGCCAUUUAAUGCCUGAUUCUGAUUAAAAUAUAACAACAU